AUGGAACCCGUGUCAGGUUUUGGCACGAUAAAUAAAUGGCUACACUCGGACGUAACGUUGGGCCAGGUAAGUCUCGACACUACCAUCCCGGAGCAGCAGCACUACCGGACGGUCGCUGACUUCCGGUCGGAGACGGGGCACUGGCGCUGGGAGAGCUUCUCCCACCUCUUGCCGGCGACUUACUUGCUGCAGGUAGCAUCGCGGCCCCCACCCCAGUCAGAUGGUCGCGACCUCAUAUAUUGGGGUCAUUCUGAUGAUGGAAGUUUCACAACAGCUUCGGCGUACCACUCGCUAGCUGGACCGACGGCGAUGGAGGCGACCCGAAUUUGGAAAUUAAUCUGGCAAUGGGAAGGACCCCAACGGAUUCGUCAGUUUCUUUGGCUUGUGGCAAAGGGCCGUCUUCUAACUAAUUGCGAACGUUUUCGCCGCCACGUUGCGGCCUCGCCAUGCUGUGAGUUAUGCGGUGGCCACGAGGAGAGCAUCAUUCAUGCCUUGCGAGAUUGUAGUGGAGCGCAGCAGCUAUGGCGGCUUUUCAUUCCGGGGAUUGAUUUUACGAAUUUCCUCCACAUGAACCUAAAUGACUGGCUCGUUACCCACCUCUCCUCUCCGGAAAUGUAUGGCGUCGAGAACUGGCCGUGCUUAUUUGGCAUCGUUGCGUGGAGGAUCUGGCAUGCACGUAAUUCAUGCAUUUUUAACCACGAAGUCUUUGACGUGACUCAGCGGGCUCGCGAAAUCCAAAUGCAUCGGCGGAACAUUUUAGCGGCUAAGGCUCACGCGAACCACGGACUCGCUUGCCUCACUGGCUACACGCAGUCCCGGCGGGCUUCAUGUCCUACAGACACCUCCGGGAGAAGUUAA